AUGGUCGCCCACACGAGGCCCUGGCUGGAGGUCGUCUACUUUGCCGGGCUGUCGCACCACGCCGUGCUCGACUCGGCCGGCCGCGUGCUGCUCUGGUGGCGACCGAUCGACGGCGGCGUGCUCUUCCGGCUUCAGGUGGACGCGCUGGGAUAUGUGGCGCUGGGUGUCUCGCCGGGCGGUGGCAUGCGCGACGGCCGCAUCGAGCUCUGGGACCUGCACGCCACCGGCGAACAGCGGCCGCUCCGCGACGCCCAGCAGGACGUGCGCCUGCUGCACGCCUCGCGCAACGGCACGCACACGGACGUGCUGUUCGAGCGCCGCGACUCGUGCGACGAGCAGGACGUGCCGCUGGCGCUGGACGCGGCCGUGACCGUGAUCUGGGCGUACGGCCUCGAGCCGGCCGCCGACGGCGACUGGCUCACCUACCACGGCGCUCGGCGCGGUUCGAAGCUGCUCAACCUGCACCGUCCCGGCGGCACCGAGUUCGAGCCGGGCACGCCCUACCUGGACAUCGUGGCGCCGGCCGUCCGGCUGCCCGACGACGCGCGCACCAUGUACUAUUGCCGCAUCACCAAGCUGCCCGCCUUCCCGCGCAAGGUGCAUUUCAUCGGCUUCCAGGGCCUGAUCCAGCCGGGCAACGAGGGCUUCGUUCACCACAUCAUCGUAUACGAGUGCACGGUGCCCGAGUGGCGACGGGACGCGUUUGAGCGGUACGUGAGCGGGCAGCAGGGCGCCCGCUGCUACAGCCCCAACAUGCCGGUGGACUGGGGUCGCUGCGGCCACAUCCUGGCCGUGUGGGCGGUGGGCGGCAGCGGUGAGCGCCUGCCGCCCGGCGUGGGCAUCCCGCUGCGCGAGGAGUACGGCGGCGCCACCUACGUCAUGGCCGAGAUUCACUACGACAACCCGUCGGUGCAGGCGGGCGUGGUGGACAGCUCGGGCGUGCGCCUGUUCUACACUGAGCAGCUGCGUGACAGCGAGGCCGGCCUGCUCAACGUGGGCCACGACAUCGCCGUCACGCAGCUGGUGCCGCCCGGCCAGGCCGAGUACGUGGUGAACGGCCUCUGUCAUGCCAGCUGCACGCGCCAGUGGCUGCCGCCGGGCGGCGUGCGCGUCUACUCGGUGCUGCUACACUCACACCUGGCCGGCGUGCGCAUGCGGCUGCGCCACGUGGCCGCUGACGGCGCGGAGCUGGCGCCCAUCGCCGAGGAUCGCGCCUACGUCUUCAACUACCAGCAGACGCGCACGCUGACCGAGCCGGUGCUAGUGCAGCCCGGCGACCAGCUGCUGCUCGAGUGCGUGUACGACACGCGCCAGCGCGGCAACGUCACGUUCGGCGGCCUGAGCGCCGAGAACGAGAUGUGCCUGGCGUUCGUGAGCUACUACCCGCGCGUGCCACUCACCAUCUGCUGGAGCUCCCCCGACAUGGGCCACACCAUGCAACAGCUCGGCAUCGAGGCCGCCAACGCCUACGGCAUGGAGCUGCCCGUGCGCCGCGCGGGCGAUAUGAUCCAGCAGGUGAUCAACAACCUGGAGAGCUUCGCGCGCGCCGAGUGGGACCUGUCGGCGCCGCUGGCCGCGGACGGCGCCGGCGAGAGCGUCGUUGACGAGACGGAGCGCCAUCUGUACCAGGUGGCGCUGCAGGACCAGCGCAUCAUGAGCGAGCUACAAGCGGACAACAUCAGCGCGCUGGAGGCGCUCGGCAUGCAGGACCUGCCCGAGGAGCUGCAAGACCCGUUCCUCAUCCUGAAGGACAUCCUCGUCAUCCAGCCUGCGGUGUUUAAGAUGAGCACGCUGUUCCAGUUCCUGUUGCAGUACGGGUGGGACGCGGACGGCGUGCGCCGCUUGCAGGGCGCCGUCACCGACUACUACCGGCCCAAGUGCGUGUCGCGUGACGGCAAGAUCCGUACGAGCGAGCGCCAGACGCUGCCGAGCGUGCCACUCACCGGCGCGCCCGACGGCCCGGCCUCAGAGCGUCCCACGUGA